AUGGACGUUACGGACGUGGACUUCUUCACUCAUGUUGGUGGCCUUCGGAGUGGGGGGGCCCUGGACAUCUAUUCCAAGGGAUGGUUUGAAUGCCACAAGAGCCUAGUCGCGAUCAACCUAUACGUCCACCGCAACAGUGACAUGAUGGACACCAUCGGGGACGAGCGGGUGGAUGCCCUCGUGGGGAAGUUUGAGACUCUGCUUAGGGAACUAAUCACCACCUACUUCGUUCGAUUUCUCCAAAUGGAAGAACUAACAAAGUGCAGUAAAGACAAAUCAGCGCCACAGGAAGUGGGGGGAAGCGAACUGCAGAGUGCCAGCGUAGAUGCAAAAAAGGGGGAAGACACAAACGCGCAGAACCGCAUCUCCAGCUACAUAGCGCUGUACCACGAAGUGACAUUGCUGAACAUCCUCGAGUGGGUCCUCUGCGCAGAUCACGCCUAUGACAAAAUAGACAGCCACAUGAUAAACCUCUUCGCGUACAUCUACACCAAUUUGGUGGCCUUCCUCAAGAGCAACUCGGAGGAGUACUUCGUCAAGCCCACAAGCGAGAUGUCCAUAAGCGAGAUGCUGAGGGAAGAAAACGAUAAGUCUCAAAGCAUCGACAGACUCAAAAUAUACGUCAGCGUCAUCAACGCCCUGCGGAACAUAACGGACAGGAUUCACCUGCUAAACAACACAGUCAUCAAUAAGAUAGUGGACUACGACAUUUUGCUAAUUCUAAUUCCGCUCCUGGAGAGGAGACCAUGGGCACAUGACAACUACGUGUUUGAAGGAAAUGAGUGGGUAAAACGGGAAGGCAGCACCUUAUGUACGAUUGAGAAACAGCUGUGGCUGAUACUCUACACCCUGAUACUGACUAGGAGCUGCCAAGAAAAGUACGAAAUGACCAACUAUAGGAGGAACAACAUUCUGAAGCUGCGGAAGUACAUGAACGAGCCCCUGCACGAGCAGCUGCCCCCCAUGAAGACGCUGCACACGUUCAUCGAGCACCUGUACAUUUCGAAGAGCGUCUUCCCGGAGAACAAAAACUCCUACCUGAUCAUCGACGUGGUGCCGGAAAUCUUCGAAGAAAUCAAAGCGGACGUGCUGAAGAACAAAAGGAGACUCGCGUCCCUCCUGAGCAGCGUCACCAUCGAGAGGGACCUCUUGGGCAGCAUUUCUGACAUGUACCUCUCAGUGUACGAAUUUGACCAGCAGGCUGGGAAGGGCCCAAAGAAGGACAAGGGCGGUCCUCACUCGAGUGACGAAAAGGGCGCGGACCCCAAACGGGGAGAAGCAACACCAGAGGAUGAAGCAGAGGAGUCUUUCCUCUGCGACAGCUGCAAGGAGAUUGCCGAACUACAAUGCUCGCAGUGCAAACGGGCGUACUACUGCUCGAAGGAGUGCCAGAUGAAGGACUGGUUUCACCACAGAGAGGUCUGCUCCUACGCGGCAUAA